AUGGGAGAGUCUUCUUCGAGCUCGACUUCUUGGAGCAGUCAAAAGGAUACGGAAGAUGAUCGGAUGAUUGCUCUUAUGUUAUCUGAAGAGUACACAAAACUAGAUGGUGCUGUAGCCAGACGCCUCUCCAAUCUUGCUCCUGUGGCUCAUGUUCCACGGAUAAAUACUUAUAUUCCCAACUUCAACGAUGCCACUUUCGAUCACCAACGCCUUCUUCAAAGGCUAAAUGUUUAUGGUUUGUGUGAGUUAAAGGUCUCUGGUGAUGGAAAUUGUCAGUUCCGAGCACUUUCUGACCAGUUAUACCGAUCUUCAGAGUACCACAAGCAAGUGAGGGAAGAAGUUGUUAAACAGCUCAAGAACAAUCGCUCUAUGUACGAAAGUUAUGUUCCGAUGAAGUACAAACGAUAUUACAAGAAGAUGGCAAAGCAUGGAGAAUGGGGAGACCAUGUUACUCUUCAAGCUGCAGCAGAUAGGUUUGCAGCAAAGAUAUGCUUGCUGACAUCUUUCAGAGACACUUGUUUCAUUGAGAUUAUGCCUCAGUUCCAAGCACCUAAGCGCGAGUUAUGGUUAAGUUUCUGGUCAGAGGUGCAUUAUAACUCUUUAUACGAUAUUCAAGCUGCUCCAGUUCAACAGAAGCCAAAGAGAAAACAUUGGUUGUUCUAG